UUGUAGUUGGCCCAAAAAGACUUGCCCGGCCCAAUCAAAUCAAAUCUCACCGAACCCUAGCCCAGCUGUUCUGUCGAGGGAAUCCGGAACCAGCCAGACACCCAUCCGCGUGCGUGAGGUGAUCGGAGAAUCCCGUCUUGAGUGAGGAGGAGGAAGACCGGCCGGCGGCGACGCGGGGAGAAACAUGGGGAAGAUGCCGGUGCGGAUGAAGGCGGUGGUGUAUGCGCUGUCGCCUUUCCAGCAGAAGGUGAUGCCGGGGCUGUGGAAGGACAUCACCACCAAGAUCCACCACAAGGUCACCGAGAACUGGAUCUCCGCCACGCUCCUCGUCACCCCCGUCGUCGGCACCUACCAAUACGCCAUGUGGUACAAAGAGCAGGAGAAGCUUUCCCACAGAUAUUAAAUGCAACUUGACUGCAACAGCAGCUGGAGUUUUCAUGAUGGGUUUUAUAAACCUCCAAUGAUUUAACAUUUGUUGGAUCAAUUUUAGUCCAACGCCUUUUCAUCUUUCCAUAUGCAUAUAAGGUAUCUUUGCCUGGCAAACUUAUUGAGGCUAGCUAAAUAUGGACCUUUUGUCUCUGAAGUUGUUAAAUAAAGCAAAUUAACUGGUGGUUUCUCUUGUUAUUAUGUUCAAGAAUUGGUAACUGGGUUUCUUUGUCA